AAAUACGUGUGGUAAAGCCCGUCCACGAAAAAAAGUGGUCGGUGUUACAACGACAAAUUAGAAAAAAAACUAAGAAAAACAAUUUCAUGGGCUAUUUAAAUUAAAGUUUUAUUAGUGUUCUUUAAAAUUAAUAAACCUCCUGUUUAACAAAUUAACACUGGUAAAAUGCCCUGACUUUGCUUCGGACUCCUUCCAUCAAUCUCUGUACAUCACUUUCGGUCACCUUUUUACAUGUCGUAUCCCACAUUCUUUUGAACUGUUGCUCAUUUGUAGCAAUUUUACCACUAUUUUUCAAUUUUCUUUUCAUUAUUGAAAACCAGUACUAAUUGACUAUUAUUUAUGAAUAUGUUAAAGUGUUCAUUUGUGGUUACAGCUUCGAAAACUCGAGGAGGCAGAAGAAACGGUGGUCGGCAACAGCCCGCUAGGGUUUGCCGCGCGAGGCAUGAGACAACCAUCGUCCGAACUCCAAAGCGGAAAAACCCAUACCCUUGCGAUAUGUGUGGAAAGAGAUUCAGUAAACUAGACAAUUUAAACAAACAUAGACGAGUCCACACCGGAGAAAAGCCCUUUUCAUGUGAAUAUUGUAAAAAAGAGUUCUCUCGUUUGUCUGCUUUAACCAGUCACAUACGUGUUCACACUGGUGAAAAAUCGUACACCUGCGAAAUAUGUCAAAAGCAAUUUGCACAUUUGAGUAACUUGACUAUACAUAGAAGAAUCCAUACUGGUCAAAAGUCGUAUAAAUGUGAAGUAUGCGAGAAGCAAUUCGCUCACUUAAGCAAUUUGACUGUACAUAAAAGAAUACACACUGGUGAAAAAUCAUAUACAUGUGAAGUAUGUCAAAAGCCUUUUGCACAUUUAAGCAACUUGACGGUACAUAAAAGAAUUCAUACUGGGGAAAAGGCGUACACAUGUGAAAUAUGUGAAAAGCAAUUCGCACAUUUGAGUAAUUUGACUGUACAUAAACGUACCCAUACAGGAGAGAAGCCGCACUCGUGUGAAAUAUGUAAGAAACAGUAUUCGAGUUCUGUUGGAUUGAUAAAACAUAUAAAGACCCAUAAUGUUGAAAAUUGUUAGUCCUUAUGUAUGAAUACUUUACAAAUUGAAUCGAAUCUGUCUGUUUACGGCCGCCUAGAAUUUAGAAAAUAUGUAAACGUUUUAAAAAUUAAGUAGGAUCUACAAAAAAGGUUAAUUAAGUGAAUGAACUGACGUUCAUCACUGAACUAAAGUAAUUAGUAAAUUAACAUUCACAUGUUAAUUUACUAAAUAACUGGACUAAAAUAUUAGGCUUAGCCAAUUGACUUUUUCUCUUUCUUAUUAUUUUUUUAUAUUAAUAUAUUUUUGCUUUUUUAUUCUGGGACGUACUACAUUUUUUACUAUCUGUAAAUUGUAAAUACAGAUGUCAAUCACAAUGAAUUUUUUUUCAUAACAAACAAAAAUGUUAAGAGACAUAACACUAAUUAAAAACUAGUUUAUAUUUAUAUUUAAGUUUAAUUUUUUCAUUGUGAUUGGAGCAUUAAUUUUAAUUAGAAAUUUAUAUUAGACAUUACAUUAUUUACUUUUCUAUACUUUGUUUCUGAUAAAAAUAAUGAAAGUAUGUAUA